GUCUUUGAAGCGAUAACUACACUGUUGUGUGUGUGGAUAAUAUAUGUGCAUGAUUGCCGUGCGCGCAGUCAAUUUUGUAGUUUUUUUUUUGUUUAUUUCUCUAACAUAUUCUGGUUACUUACUUACCACAUUCACGAGAUUGUUGUAAAUCACACACAAAAAUUUUAAUUACAAAAUUGGAUUACGGUACGGACGGUAUGAAUUGUGUGUAAAGUGCAAAUGUCCAUAAGACACAAUUUUGUUGUUAAGUUAAAACGCACGGAAUUGCUGGGAAUAGAUAAAAUAUUAACUGAAUGGACCAGUAGAGUAUUAAAUGAAUGCAACAACGACCGAAAUUUCGUUUCAACAUUCAGUUUUACUCAUGAUGAAUUAUGAUGAAAAUGAACACAAAAAAUGCGUUAGCCGAUAAAAAAUAGGAGACAAUUCUUAACGGUUGUGUGUAGUGUGACUGUGGAAGUUAAAAAUGAAUAUUCAUUGAACUGUUCGACAGGACAUAACUGUAUAAGUGAAGUGUUGAUAACAUAAUAGAAAAAUAGAAAAAGAUGCCAACUGGAUACAGACAAAACGGAGGAUUAAAAUCACCACAAAAUCACCUGAAUGGAGUACCAAAGAGCAGACAAUGGCCGAGUCAGGAGUUUAUGUCAACGUUGUCUAGACCCGAACCGAAUCAAAACGGUACACUUUCAAACGGUCAUGGUUCCAACGGAUAUAUUACGCGUGGCACGGGAGGAUUACAUGAAGAUGCUGAUUUUCCGGCCAAUUUGAAAACUCUGACACGCAGGAAACCGAUAACAUGGAUGAGACCUCAUGACAUGUCUACACGACCGCAAUUCCGGGUAUCACCAUCAGGUUCGGUACUAACGUCACGUGAACUGCCAGAGCCGGUUGGCCCAGGUGAUCCCAGUUUAUUAGCAGCAAUUGGUUGUCUAUCACAGUUUCCAAAAUUGCUGGAAAGAGUCGCUCCUCCCGAUCAAUCUUUCGAUGCAGUUAAUGGAUAUUGUGGCAUGUUCAAAUUUCGAUUCUGGCAAUGGGGUAAAUGGAUCGAAAUUCGUGUUGAUGACAGGCUGCCAACAAGAGGAGAUCGACCAGCCUACAUGCACUGUUCUCAACCGGAUGUGUUUUGGACAGCGUUACUUGAGAAAGCGUAUGCCAAAUUGUACGGAGGUUAUGGUUUUUUAAAAUAUGGUAACGUCGGUCGAGCGCUACAAGACUUGACAGGUUCAGUUGUGCAGAGUGUUCCGCCCAGUGGUCCACUGUUAAGUGGUGCUGUCCCUAGAUCAACAUUACUACUAGCAAUUUCGGGAAGCGAAAAGGGAACUAGACGUAGACGCCAAUCUGGCUUACUCUCAGAUCAUACCUACUGCAUAACUGGUCUGGCACGGGUACGAACAACGUCACCAGAAUCAACGCAGCCCAAUAGUCAUGCAUCGCAGGAUACAAAUCUGGUUCGGUUACGAAGUCCAUGGGCUGGAGGCGAAUGGGGCGGAGUGUGGAGUGGAGCUUGGUCGGAACGGAGUUGGGAGUGGAAUGCGUUGAGCGAAAGAGAUCGGGAAUUGCUUGCGUCUCGGUCUCAGCAUGAAGGCGAAUUCUGGAUGUCAGUACCUGAAUUUUUGCAAAGAUUUUCUGUGAUAUGGCUAGCCCACAUUGGACCAGACGAUUGGGCGCUGGAACCGGCUCUACACUCACGAUCGCCAUGGCGAGCAGCAUUAGCCUUUCGACAGUGGCGUGUCGGAUUUAACGCCGGUGGUCCUCAUAAGUGUACUGAUACGACGUCAACAAAUCCACAAUUUAGAAUUCGUGUUCCGAGCGGUCAUCCAGCCAAGGCACAUGUCGUUGUUGCCGUGUCGCAAAAAUAUGAAUGCUACAGAAGUCGUUCGAACGAAGAGGAUUACAUUGGAUUUACGAUCUAUGAGGUGCCGGGAACCAUGGCACGUGUGACACCACAAUACUGUAGCGAUCAGAUGCCAUUAGAUUUUGCAGAACUUCAAAAUUGUCGCGAAGUGUGCACAUUUUUCGCAUUACCACCGGGAGAUUUCGUUGUUCUUCCAUACAGUGUUCAACAUAGAGAAGGAAAGUUUUUAUUGAGAAUUCUAGCUGAUCAGCACGCUGACGUCUGGGAGGUUAACGAAGACAAUCUGGUUGUGCAUAACAUUGCAGCGGAAUUUGGCGAUGAAAGGCCUGCAGAUUGUCGACUGCUUUAUCGACUCCGAACCAGAUAUCCUGCAGAAAUUGAUGCGACGCAACUUCAACAAAUUUUGGGAAGCUUAAAUUGCAGUUUGGCCAAGAGUAUACGCGGUUUCCGAAGCAUGGGCGGCCCGUCAUUAGAUCUCUGUCGAGCGUUACUUGCGUUAAGGGAUCCAGGACUCGGUGGACGGCUAGCAAUCGAAAACGUCCCACCACUCAUAACUUUACUGAGAUUUUGGAAGACCGCGUUCAGACGAUGUGGCCCAGUCGGUGUGUUGUCAUUGAGACGAAACGCAUGGUCUUCGAAAGUGUCCUCGUAUUGCUUAAGAGGUUUAUUGUGGGCUGGCGGAGCUACAGCCAGUAAUAAAGUCUUGGAAGCUUUGGUGGGACGUUUUGCGCGGAAUAAGCAAAUGACACUGGAAGGGUAUUUAAUGUCAAUGGCUAGAAUACAUUUAGCCCAUGAACGAUAUCACAGCCUAGACGCUAAAAUCAAAGCAAGUUGUCCAUUGAGUUUAGAAGAGAUGAUUCUGAUGACAAUCUAUUCUUAGCCAAUCGCGUGCAUAUACGCAGACACUACCGUAAUCCUCAGCAACUGGAACGUUAAAUUUUUUUUAUUAAUUUAAAGAUUCGCAUUUAGGACACUAACUUACGUAAUGUGCUAAUCAAAACGUUUUUUUCCCUGGCAAGUUAAAAAUUUUCUUUUCCCGAAAUAAAUUUAAUUAUUUUAUCGAUUGAUUGUUACAUAACCAAAGACGAAUUUUAUUUUCCAAUAUUUUUUUUUUCUUUUUUGUUGAAUUGUUAUUUUAUCUUAAUUUAGUUAUUUAUGAUUCGCUGUAAAUUGGAAAUUAUUUUCUUUAAUUUAUUAAUCUUUAUGUUUCGAAAAACCAAUUCUAAUGUGAAAUCCAUUCCUUUAAAAUAAAAAGAAA